CGCAAUAUCAGAAAUGCAGUACGUAUUUUGGCAGUAUCACACGCUGGUAAUUUUUUAUAUAUCCUGCAGCACGAAUGCAAAUUUAGUAGCUGACUGAUGAUGAACAGUUAUUUUGAUCACCUUCGGUAAACAACUAAAUUUGCAUCCAUGCUGCAAGAUACGUGCGACUAAAAUGUGUGCAACGGACGAUAGCUUUGUAUCAGUACAAACUGUUUAUUUUAAUAACCUAUUCCCAUUUUCUGUAAUCGAGUUUUGUGAGAAGUUAUGUUCAAACCUUAGACACAAUAUGUGUGACGAAAUCAGGGACUCUUUUUUUUCUCGCGACAUGCGCAACCUCCUUUAGGAUUAUGACUCCGUGUUUUACAAUGUGAUUGAAUAAAUAUUCUGCUAAGGAUUCCAUCGAUUUGGUUUUUGCUAGAUCGUAACGCCAUGCGCUUUUCAUUCUGUUGUAAGGGAAAUCCAGAAAACUAAGCGCAGUGUGAUUGUUCUUUUUUUAUCUUCUUCUUGUAGCGAGUCUCAGAUUUAGUUUAGAGCAUCUGUUUAUUCAGUUUGUAUUUUCUGCAACAGCCCUUCAUUUCAGGUAAGAUGAAUAAGUAGAUUAAUCGCUCUGUGGUCUAAAGGCGUUUAUAUUUCCUCCUUGCAUUUCUUUUGUGAGAACAACCCUGAACCUUGACCAGUUUUUUUCGUCAACUGGCAAAUGAAGACUCUUUUUCUAUAACGAUCAUGGGAUCCUAUACGUCUGAAAAUAAUUGUAGUUAUCAAUGAAGGCGCGAAAGUACUGGACAUAUGUACGACAUUAAUGGGCUUGCCUGACUUAGCUUCUGAUGGCUCACCUCUUUUUGCGGAACCAAUGUUUCUCUUCGGAUGAGCGUUGUGUAUCACUUUAACUUAGUGCUUGUUGACCUUCUGACUGAGUUGCGUGAAUUAUGCUCUGGGUGGGAAAUUUCCAUUACUCCACAGACUAUUACAAGAUAUUUUUACAUACGCAUUGUUUUGGCUACCCAAAGUUAAUCUUUCCCUUAAAAACAAGCUUCUCUAUUAUACUGUUUCGUUUUCUUGAAACAAACGUUUGCUGGAAACAAAGUUCUUAUCCGAUGAAUGUCCCGUUAACCCUUAUAAUUUCUUAGGGGGAAGGUAACAACACUUUUCCUUAAAUGAAAACGCAUUUCCCUCUUAUCAAACUCAUAGGCAUUGGAACUUAACCUGUUCAAAAACUUUGCAUUGUUGUGCAUUGUAAAGAAUUAGUAAAACUAUCCUCCCCUCUUCUCCAAUUUGCUUUUAAAAGAAAACAAAAAGCUUCAAAAAUUUGUAUAUUUGAGGAUGUUGAUACGUUGACGAAAAUUAAUGUGAAGGUAAACGCAAAAGCCAAAGCAUUAUCUUGCUGGAUAUUUGAAAACGUACCUAACGAAAAUUACAGUCUUUUGACGGUGAAAAAGACCAAAAGGCGAAGGCAAAAUAAGCCCUAAAAUCCUGCUAGUAAAGAACGAGGAAAGGGAAAAUAAAAAGAGCGAGGAGAAGAAAAAAAAGCAGUGGCUGCGCUCCUAGUUUUUAUGUUGACUUCUUUGGAGAUAGUUUUUGAAAGAAAAAGACUGUUUGAGGGGAGACGUCUAUUUUGGCAGUAAGGUUAUUAAAAAGUCCAGCUCUAAUAUAUAUAAAUUUUUCUUACCCUUGCCGCUAAGAGAAAUCUGAUAAAAAAAAGAUGUAUUUUAAAAGCUAAUGAUUAAGUAAACGGCUUUCAUUUUUCAGGUUUGAAGCCUUACAACUUAAUUUCUUGUAGUUUUACAGCCAACAGUUCACUCUAUUACUCUGUAAGCCUCCUGUUAUUUUGGGGUUCCUUGAGUGGAGCAUGGGUUUCCUGUGCAAUAGCCAACCGUGUUUAAUAUUUAUUUUGUUUGAAAAAAAGAAACUCUUCGUUGUUAAUGUUUUUAUCACCGAAAACUAAGUAGCAGUUAUUUUUUCUUCUUUCACUUUUCCAUAAAAGUAACAAACACAUUUUGUGCAUUUUUUGUUGAAACGCGUAAUUUCAACUAACGUGGGUGUCCUGUGUUAUAAGCUAAAAAUAUUUAACGCUUAAUUUUGACAUUUUGCACCGAACGGAUUUUGGCGGAGUUUUAGUAUGUUGCUAGAUAGGUCACCCUUACUUAAAUGGCGUUGAAAACAAUUCUGUUGCAAUUAGUUUGAUGUUGAGCCUCAAAAAUGCCUAGAUUGACUGGACUAUUUCUGCUUUGUUUUACUUUGUACUCGAGGGCAAAUUCCAAGUACAAGCCCCCCCAGGGGGCUUAUAUUCGGAGGGCUGAUUUAACGGAGGGUUAUCAGUUGAGUCUCCACUUGAUCCAGGCUUGAUAAUUCAUGAUGAUCUGAGAUUGAAAUUCCUGAUAUUGAGUGUGAUUAAAACGCAACUAAACAAAGCUUAUUAAGGCUAACUUUCAAAAAUUACCCACUAUAAGAGGAAACAUAAGUUUAAUUAGUUCUUCACCCUGACUACUGUCAUAAAGCGUAGCAUUUCAAAAGCUAAGACUUUGACAUUUCUGCUAUUGUGUUAUUUCCAUUUUUUUAUAUCUUUGAAAUUGUUACUAAUGAGCCAUGUUUUAGAUAAUACUCUGAACUGAAAACAAACCAAGAAAAAUUAGAACUAAAAAGAGAUAGUAUUUGAAGUUAGAUGAUGUUGCCUAUCUCAUAUGAAGUUUUGAUAAUGUUAAUCUUUUAAAUUAUCAACGUUAGGCUUUGAAUGCUUUAUUCCACUGCUGUUAUUCCUGAAAGUGCAAGUUAUGGGUGAGGUCUCUCUCACUCAGCAAGGCCGCUCCUUAAAUUUGUGAGCUUUAAACGUCAUUAAAGAAAAAUCUCACUUUUUUGAACAAGCAUAAAAUUAGCUUUGAGAUUAACAACAGCAUUUAGUUUCAAUUCAAAAGAAACGGUUUUUUGGAGUGAAUUUUAUUCUAAUAUUCUCUUUGUUUUUGUUUUCAUACAGCAAUGUAAUGUACUGGACUGAACAGCACAAUAUUAUACUGUGCAGAGAAGUAGUAUUUGAAAAUCCCUACAUAUACAAAAAGGGGUCUCCCCAGCGCAGUGAAACUUGGAAGAAAAUUGUAGAUGUUCUUAACAAAUGUCCUCCUUCACAAUUUAACGUUGACCACAGAGCCAUCCGGGACCACAUCAAUGUCUUGGUAAACAAGUACAAGAGAAAAAUCAGAGCUGAAGAAAGAGCAUCAGGAAUAUCCCCAGACGAGCCAAGUGAAUUAGAUGAGCUAAUACAGCAAAUCAUUGCACUUGAAGAGAGUGCUCCCACAGAUACAUGUAGUAAGGAUAAAGCUGACAAAGCUAAAGCAGAAGGUGUAAGAAUGAAAGCUAUGCAAAGGCUUUCCCAAACCAAAAAAAGGACGUCAGAGGAAGCCGAAGAGGGUGAGGACAAACCAAAACGAACAAGAAGAAAAACUGGAGAUGCCAUGGAGUUUCUAAAGGAAAGAGCACAGCAGAGUGCAGAAAUUAGAUCAAAGUAACUUGAGCUGGAAAAGGGAAGAUAGGAACAACAACUUAAAGUGCAACAACAACAGGCUGAUAUGCUGAAGCUAAUGCACCAGUAACAACUGCAAAAUCAACAGCAACAGCAGCAGUUUCAGCAACAACAGCAACAGUUCCAGCAGCAACAAAUGCUCAUGAUGCAGCAGGUCAUGGGCGUCAUGAGUAAAAUGCUUAACAAGCAGAUAUUAAAUUUCUAUUUCUACAUGUUUGCAUGUUUAAGAUUUACAUUUUUACAAAACGUUGAACUCACAGUAUUAUUUGCCACCCCUUUGUUUAGAUUUGCUUGUUGUAACAUUCCCUGCAAAUAACACACAACAACUGUUUAAUCAGGAUUUUAUGCAAGAUUUUAUGUUAACUUAGGCAUUGACAGGUGUUUUUGUUACAAUCUUUUAGCUAAAGUAAUCGACUAGUGAUGUUGGGUCAAGGCCAAAGUAGUGGUAUUGCGGUAGAGACAUGUUAAAGCAUUCUGCAAAAGUGCACAAACAAUGUACAUUUUUCCUACAUGGCUAAGGCCAAUUUUGAGUUUUUUUUUGUAAUCGAGAAACUUGAAAUAAUUUAUAAGGUCUCCAAACAACAGGGGCACCCAACGACAACUUUCGGAAGAAUAUCUGUUCGGAAGACGAUUUGAGAUCUAGAAUUUUCGAAACAUUUUUGUAAAAUUUCUUGCUUGCCUGCCUCUCCUAGGAUUUCCAACAUGUAAAGAAUGGUAUAAUUGCCUAUUUUUAACGGAUUUUUACACUAAAAAGGUCACCUAGAAUUUUCGGGAGCCUUUUUUCUGGCUGAAAUUUUCGAAAAAGUAAGUUUUGACCCCUAUUAUUUUCGGAUCACUAGACUUUCAGCUAGGAAAUCCGAACAGAUGAAAAAUUUUUAGGGGAUAAAAAUAUGCCUAUAUCUACCGUUUAAAUACUAAAAUACGUUUAACAAUGCUAUGUUUAAGUGGUUUUGAACUAUAUUCUCGUUGGGUGCCCCUGAAACAACCAUUCCAGACUUGUACGUACCGAACUCAUAGAUGCAUUAAACUCUUUCAUUUGUCUUGUUAACACCCCAUUUCUGAAGGGACACUGCAGAUGGGUACGGAUCCCCGUAGAUACACAUCUCCUGUCCAGCUGGGGAAAAGGCGAACUGUGCCAGGUCAACAUAGAGGCCAGAUGUGUCCAGCAUUCUCGCAUCAUGCAUUCUUCCCUCUGAACAAGAGCCCCAAAAAAUAUUUUUUGAACCACAAUCAGUCACACAUAGGCUGGCUGACAAACUGUUACCUAUAUAGACCAUUGAUUAGCUUAGUAAUUGAGUAGGCCAGGAACAACAUAGGAUUGACUGGCUAUUAUUCUUGCAGUCGAGGUACUUAUAGCCUAUAAGUCAGGAUUUACAAUUUAUUUGUCAGUGGUGACAGGACAACCAUUUCCUCCAAUAACAACUGGGAGUGGGAGGUACUGAAAAUACCUCUGAUCUGAGAGACCGGGAAGAAGUCAUCGAGAAACGUGAGCUUAACAUUAUGAGAAAAGAAAUCAAUCUAACUUUUAAGUUCAUAUAAGUGAACAAGUAAAAACAGCUACGGUACUAUCCCAAUAUAGAAAAUGAAUGAAUAUACCCUUACCUACUGGUCCAAACAGAUGGUCAAUCAAUCCACUUGGUAGGACCAAGAAUUGAAAUUUAAGAGCGUGAACACGCUUGUGGCCAUUAUAAACAACUCUUUGAUUGACUCUUGGUUUUAAUAUGGGACGAACCGUUCCAUCAACAAAGCCGAAACUGUUGUCCAAGGCGCCACCUAUGUCAUGAAUUGCUUCAGAGCAAGUUUGCAGUAGGUAAGGAGACAUAAUGAAAUGAUUCCAUUCGGUAAUCCCAAGGCCAUGAACAUUGUAUAUCCAUUCAGUGACUUCAUUGCUAAUCAUGCUGAGCUCGGGUACUGAUCGACCAAAAGUAGAAAUCAUAUCAGACAACCUACAUGGAUAGCUAAAGCGCUUUAGUAUAACACAAAGUCCUCCUGUUGAAUCACAAACGGUACCAUUCGGACAUGUGAAGGUAUCAGGCAUCUGUAAAACAUCCACCAGCAAUGAGAUGUCACUCUUUUCACAUCUGAAGUCUGCCUUACACUCUGCGGGGUCUUUGUUUUCGAGGGAAAAUUUUUCGUAAUCCCAGUGGCGAAACGGAAGGUUUUGUGGAGUGAAUUCUUCAUACAGCACGGCAAAUUCUAUUAGCUUUUCUUCCAGACUAAGGAGCAAAGCUUCCUGUAAAGUCUUAAAUGAGUUUUGAGUCAUUCUUGUAAGGAACGAUGAAAAGCGUUUUAAUGUUUUCCAGACGUUUAGCCCCAUUUACACUACACAAAAAAAUGGGUCCGGACCCAUAAAAAAGUUGGUACGGACCAGAUAUUUUUGCCGUGUAAACCUUCCGUACCAUGUUUUUAUGAAAUGGGUCCGGACUCACUUUUUUCUGGUUUUGGGGCCAUAGGCGGCUAUGGCCCCAAAACCGAAAAAAGACGAGUCCGGACCCCUUUUCCUGAUCGAAAGCGCUGUGUGAACGCAUCUUCGUUCCGUACUAUCCGUACCAUCUUUUUCAUGUGAGCCUGCCGUGCUUUACGGUGGUUUCGCGCAUGUGUACUGUUCCUCUAUUUUCUACACGAUGGCGUCGAUGGUGUCAAAAACGCAGAAAACGAAAACGAUCGUGUGGACUGAUGAAGAAGUUGGCCUACUAUUAAACGUUUUUGCCGAAGAGACCAUUCAAAUAGGGCUAGAGAAAGCAAAAUGCCCGAAAGACAAAAAUGCAGUGUACCUGGAAGUUAAGAAGAAGUUAGAACAGCACGGUAAGUUUCAUGCUAAAAUCCUUGCUUCUGACAGUUUUUAUGACUUUUAUCAGGUCACUGUGUUUCAUUUCGCUCUAAUGCUAUUUCGUUUUCUGGUUGUUUCAAAAAGGAAUGAUGAAAAUUGUCGCGGCAAUUACGGACAAAUUGAAAAAACUAUGUGCAAAAUACAAAGAUCAUUGAAAGAUAUAAAGGAUAGUGCCAAGAAGAGCGGAAAAGUUCACGGACAAAAUGGACAUAAUUUUUAAAGAUAACCGAACUAUUGACCCACCGCAUCUGUGGAGAAAAUGGUUGAGUGUUUGUUCUUGUUGCUGUUGUGCAUUUUAUGGGUCUUUAAUUUAAAUAAGCUCUGUUAUUUUUCAAAUCAUACACCAAAUGAAUAUAUUCCUUGUAUCUUUACUAGAUAACCUGUCAGUUACAAAAAAAUAAUGAGGAUGGGAAUGAGAGUUAACUAGAGGUUUUCAAACUGUGUGGUGUAUGUACAUGUUGCAGUUAAUUUUUUGUUUCUGUAGUUAAAGUUUUUUUUUACUUUGUUUUUAGGUAUGUGAUGUAUGAUAACGAGUUUUAAACAUGGAAAAAUAAAAAUUUAACUGAAAACAAAAAUUAACUGCAACAUACUCAUUUACUGCUAUAAUUGACUUUUUGGCAGGAACAGAAACCUCAGAAAAUAGCUCAGAACUGCAUUCUGAGAAAGAAAGUGAUGUAGUCUCAGACACUGAUUAUAGUAGUUCUGAAAGGAAGAGAUCUAAGUGCAUCACAGGUGCCACACCAAAAAGUUCCAAGAAAACAAAAGUGGAGAAGUCAAUUGAAACAGUGUGUUUGAGUCUCCAUGAAUCCUCAGAAGCUGAGAUGAAGAGGUAAAUACAGCUUCUUAAUUAGUUUCAAGGUUUUUAAAAUGUUUUAGCAAUAAUUAAUUUGGAGACUGUGUGCUAAUUAAGGAUGUGUAGACAGAAUACAAAGGGAUAACAAAACCCUGGUAUUUUUGGAAGAUUGAAUAGAAAAUGUUGUGACUGUUAAAACAAUCAUAAUGGCAGUAAUUAUGACCAUGAUGAUGGUGAUGAUGAAAAAAAUGAAAAUGAUGUUCAUUGUUGUCGUUUUUUAGACUCUUGCUGUAUCAAGUUUUUUGUUACUGUUUUCUGGCACCCUUCACAGAUUUGAAGAAAUGGAAGAGAAGAGGCAUGAGAGGG